AUGGCGAUGAAAUAUGUGGCUGCGUACCUGAUGGUGGUGCUGUCCGGCAACGACGCGCCCACCAAGCAGCAGGUUGAGAAGACUCUUUCCUCUGUCGGCAUCGAUGUCGAGAGCGACAUUCUGAAUGCAUUCCUCAAGGCCGUCGAGGGCAAGACCCCGCACGAGCUGAUUGCGGAGGGUAUGGAGAAGCUGCAGAAGGUGCCCGCUGGCGGUGCCGUCGCCGCUGCGCCGGCCGCUGGUGGCGCAGCCGCGGCUGGCGCUGGCGAGGCCGCGAAGAAGGAGGAAGUGAAGGAGGAGGAAGAAGAGGAGGACGACAUGGGCUUCUCCCUGUUCGACUAA